UUUUUGCCCUUAAUUUUUUUUAUAAAAGCAAGUAGGCGGCCAUUUCAAAAGGUCAAGGUUCUAUGCUCUCUCUCUCUCUCUCUCUCUCUCUCCUGUGCCUGUGCCUGUGCCUGUGCCUGUGCCUGUGCCUGUGCCUGUGCCUGUGCCUGUGCCUGUGCCUGUGCCUGUGCCUGCGCUUGAAGUCGCUUCUCAUCGUACGGCGUAGUAAUCAAUUAAGUAAAGGAUGAAUUUGGUGUUGAAAUUACAUCGCCCUUCAUCAGUUGGUGCUGCUGCUGCUGCUGCCGCCAUCUUCUGCUGUAUCUGCUUCCUCUUCUCUCCGUUUCCCCAACGUUCUAAUGCUCAAACUACCACCACAGACCCAUCAGAAGCGAGAGCGCUGAACUCCUUACUCCAGCACUGGGAUGCAGAGGCAGUGCCGCUGUGGAACAUAAGCGGGAACCCUUGCACCGGCUCUGCUGUCAACAGUACCAUGUUCGAGGACCCUUCUAAUAAUCCUGCCAUUGUCUGCGACUGCAGUGGCGCCACCUGCCAUAUCACCCAGCUGAGGGUGUAUGCUUUGGACAAAAGAGGAGAAAUUCCGGAAGUCAUCACAGGCUUGACUUAUCUCACAUUGUUAAAGAUUGACCAAAAUUACUUCUCUGGCUCAUUACCUGCAUUUAUUGCCAAUUUAUCUGCAUUGCAAUCAUUGUCAAUUGCCCAUAAUGUAUUCUCUGGGCCCAUCCCCAAGGAACUCGGCAAGCUUAAGCAAUUAACUCUAUUAUCCCUUGGUAUAAAUAACUUCUCAGGAACUAUUCCCCCCGAGCUUGGAAAUUUAGUUAAUCUUGAGCAGCUCUAUAUAAAUAGCGCUGGAGUGGGUGGUGCCUUGCCGUCAACAUUUGCAAACCUUACAAAUAUGCAAACCAUGUGGGCGUCAGACAUUCCAUUAACAGGCAAGAUUCCUGAAUUCAUAGGGAAUUGGACAAAACUAACAUCUUUGAGGUUUGAAGGGAACUCUUUUGAAGGCCCUAUACCAUCUAGCUUUUCAAAAUUGACGUCAUUAACGUCUUUGCGAAUAGGUGACAUAUAUAAUGUGAGUUCAUCUCUUAACUUCAUCAGGGGUCUAACGAGCGUAACUGAUUUAGUUCUACGAAAUGCAUUGAUCUCUGGAAAUAUUCCAUCUAAUAUCGGAGAAUAUCAACUUCUACAAAAAUUGGAUCUCAGUUUUAACAACUUAGUAGGUCAAAUCCCAAGAGCACUAUUCAAUUUGAGUUCUCUCAAUUACUUAUUUCUCGGAAAUAAUAGCUUGACCGGUACUCUUCCACCCCAAAUAAGUACGCAACUUAUUACCAUAGAUUUGUCAUACAAUCAACUAUCGGGAAGCUUUCCUCCAUGGGUAACUGGAGAUUUACAAUUGAAUUUAGUUGCCAACAACUUCACAUUUGAUAGCUCAAACAUAAGUUCAUUUGCAGAAUUGACUUGUCUUCAGAGAAACUUUCCAUGCAAUAGGAACAAACCUCGCUAUGCUAAUUUCUCCAUCAAAUGUGGUGGUAAUGAGAUGAGACCUGCUGAUGGCCUUGUAUAUGAGGCUGAAAACUCAACCCUUGGCCCAGCUUCAUACUACGUAACAAGUACAGAAAAAUGGGGAGUUAGCAAUGUGGAAUUGUUUGCUGACAACAGUAAUCCUACAUAUGUGCAAAACAGCUUGGCCCAAGCUGUUGCAACCAGCACUCCUGAGCUUUUCCAGACUUCGAGGAUAUCCCCUGGAUCACUCAGAUACUAUGGCCUUGGUCUUCAGAACGGAGCUUACACUGUGAGGUUGCUGUUUGCAGAAACUGCUUUCAAAGAUAGGGAAUCGCGGUCUUCGAAAAGUCUAGGAAGGCGUGUUUUUGACAUUUAUAUUCAGGGUCAUCUGCGACAGAAAGACUUCGAAAUAUCCAAGGAGGCAGGUGGAGUUGAAAGGGCAAUUCCGAAGACUUUUAAUGUUUUUGUAUCAGAGAACUAUCUGGAAAUUCACCUGUUUUGGGCUGGCAAGGGUACAUGCUGCAUACCUGUGCAAGGUUACUAUGGACCAUCCAUUUCAGCUCUUAGUGUUGUCUCAGAUUUCGAGCCAAGUGUUAGUGGGCUUCCACCUAUAAAUACUCCCCCAACAAAGAAAAGCAAGACUGGGUGGAUUGUUGGUGUUUCAGUUGCUGUGGGGGUCGCGAGCAUCAUAUUGAUUCUGUUGGUGGUUUACAUGAGAAUAAAAGGGUCAGAUGCAGAUAAUGAAGAAGAGCUUCUUGGAAUAGACCCCAAACAAAACACUUUUAGCUAUGCUGACUUGAGAACUGCAACACAGGACUUCAGUCCAGAAAACAAGUUAGGAGAAGGGGGAUUUGGACCUGUUUACAAGGGCACACUUACUGACGGGAGGCCAGUAGCUGUCAAGCAGCUCUUGGUGGCAUCUAGCCAAGGAAAGAAUCAAUUUAUAACAGAGAUUGCAACCAUAUCUGCAGUGCAACAUCGAAACCUUGUGAAAUUGUAUGGAUGCUGCAUUGAAGGACAGAAACGGCUUCUAGUUUAUGAAUUUCUUGAGAACAAAAGCCUUGAUCAAGCACUCUUUGGAAAAAACGGUCUGCAUCUUGAUUGGUCAACCCGCUUCAGCAUAUGCUUGGGAACAGCAAGAGGACUUACUUAUCUCCAUGAAGAAUCAAGGCCAAGGAUUGUACAUCGUGAUGUCAAGGCCAGUAAUAUUUUGAUUGAUUCAGAACUCUGCCCCAAGAUAUCUGAUUUUGGAUUGGCAAAGCUAUAUGAUGACAAGAAAACACAUAUCAGCACCCGAGUUGCAGGGACUAUUGGCUAUCUGGCACCUGAAUAUGCAAUGCGUGGACAUCUUACGGAAAAAGCUGAUGUGUUUGGUUUUGGUGUGGUUGCUUUGGAGAUUCUGUGCGGGAGACCAAACUCUGACAAUAGCUUGGACGCUGCAAGGAUAUAUCUUCUUGAAUGGGCAUGGAAUCUACAUGAAAAUAACCGUAGUUUGGAGCUGAUAGAUCCAACAUUAACGUCAUUUCAUGAAAAUGAAGCUAAACGAGUGAUAGGAGUGGCCCUACUGUGCACUCAGGCGUCGCCCAUGAUGCGGCCACCUAUGUCGCGUGUUGUGGCAAUGCUUACUGGAGAUGCUGAAGUGAGCCCCGUUACGUCAAAGCCCAGUUAUUUGACAGAUUGGGAUUUCAAAGAUAUAACAGGCAGUAUAGAUGAAGGUGCUCCAAUGUCCACUGCAUCAAAGAGUAAUAAUAACAGCCAGCAUAGGAUCGACGAGUCAGAGACUUCUACCCCUACCCCUAGAACUGGAGGGUCCGAUCCGAUCCCCUCUCCGCCAAAUGUCACUGAACCUUUGUUCAAUGAGAUUAUCAGAGACGGAAGGUGAGAAAACCUACCCAUAAGAGGAAUGCCAACCAAUUGCGGCUUGGGUCGAUCUAUAUUUUAUACAGAAACUGUUUCGUGCCUUUUUAUCCAUUUCUUGACUCUUAUUAGGUCUGGUGGUGGUAAUUUUUGAACAUAAGAAGGAGAUUCUUCGUAGCUUGGGGCAUCUUCUCUUUUCCUUUGUGUCCAUGCAUGCCCUGAUUACUGAAACAAUGGCGAUCCUUCUAUUUUAAAACUCAUUAAGAGGAGAUGCCCCAAGCUACAAAGAAUCCUUUGAUCCUGGAAGUAUGUUUUGAGAUGAUAUUUCAUUAUUAGUUGGUAAUAUUUCUCUAAUAGUUCAGAAUCCUUUGAUCCUGGAAGGUCUCAUUUCUUUUUUAUCAGCAAAAGAAUUGUAUAUGAAUAAAGAAUAAAUAAUACUGCAACUGCACUACAAAAUUGCCAAGAACAGCGGACGAUAAAGGGAAACAGGGGCACAUAUGGGGGUAGGGGUGGCAAAAUUAGUUAGGAGUCAAUAGGUGUGAUUCAUUAUUUGUUUGUUUAGACUUGAUUUGGAUUUGAGAGGAGGCAAUUUGUUUACAAAUAGGUAAUUCAGCCAAUUUAAUAAAUGGAUUGACGAGUAAAGAUC